AUGCCGAGAACCGCAAACAAGAACCCGAAAGCCAAGCCUCAGGUCGGCAAGAACAAGAACUCCGCCGCGGCCAGCUCUAAGGUCACGUCAACAGCGCUCUCGACAACGGGACCGGUGCCGCGAAUGACACGUUCUACCCGAGCCGCCGGUGGUACCCGCGACGCGCCCGUGCCCGCCAAAGCGUCGUCGACCGCGCCCUCGCCGUCUGCCCUCACCAAGCAGACCAACAAUUCUGACGGCAGCAGAGUCGGUGCGGUUGUAAAGGUGGAGUCACUGGCUGUCCUGCGUCGCAGGCAGUCAGAGCAGUCCAGGCUCUUGGCGAGCGUUUUAGACGGCACCAAGGAAGGAUCCGGUCGUGUGCAAGGCCGCCUACAGCUUGGCUGGAGAUCCACACGAGAACCCGCCAUCAAUUCUGAUCGCGGUUCCCCGGAAAUGUCUCCAGGCGCGGCGAUACCUGCUGACCGGAAAGCACAGCCUUCUGGUGCAGAUACCCCCCAAAGUCUCCUCGACUACGAGACCCCACCACUCCUCCCAGUUCACAGAGAUACCUUUCCUCCCAGAGAAACCUCUCUUUUCCCCGGUGUCCCUCUUCAUUCCCGAGUAGAGACUCCCCUGCCAUUUUCGCCCACCAACUCCAUCAUUCUAAGAACGUUGCUCUUCAUUAGAUGGACUAUGAACAGUAUAGGAUAUUUGUCAUCGCUGGUGGAUCCCCUCCCGCUUACCAGACGACCACACGCUGCUCACAGAUUGUUUCGCAUUGCCGAUGUUCACACAGAUGCGAGUGAGGUAGCGAAAGCAGAGGCCAAGCUUCUGUCGCGGUGGGAGUUCGCGAUCUUCAUUCCAUUUCCACUUAGGACUGCGUUCUCUGGUAAAACCACGACCGGGGGCUUCAUCUUCGCCCCGUUCUCUCUCACCAAAAGGCCAGGUGUGCGCGAGGGGUGUCCAAAGGCGCCCUUUCAGCUCUUCACGCCCUCAGAGCACGCCUCGAGCGCCACAGCCUCUCGAUACUGCUACCUUUGCUUCCGCGAUGACGCUUCCAAGUAUGAACGACCAGACCUCACUAACGUGCUCGGCAAUUGCAACCACAUUUUCUGGUCUGAAUAG